AUGCAUAUCCAUCUUCUUCUUGAAGGCAGCGUGGUUCUCGGCCUUCUUCACCUUGCGCUUGGCGGCGGCGUCGUUGCGGAUGGUGAGGAGCUCCUGCAUGAAGGAGCGGGCCUUCUUCUCCUCGCGGUCGUUGGUGACGACGGCGCGCUUGUCCAUGUAGGUGGCCUUCUUCUGCCUCUUGGUCUCGACGAUCUGGGACUUGAAGGGCAGCUCGGCGGCGAGGGCGCGGGGCACGCGGAGGGGGUUGAAGUGGCGGUUCUCGCGCUCGAUCUUGCGGUACUGGCUGUUCUUGAGCUGGGGGGUGUCGACGCCCUCGUCGCGGCGGACCUGGCCCGUGAGGCGCAUGGGCUGCCACCCCAGGAGGUUGGUGACGGGGUUGUAGAAGCGGUGGGGGCGGACGGGGUACCAGGCGCGGAGGAAGACGAUGUCGCUGAGGAGGAUCUUGUCCUCGAAGGUGGCGCGGAAGUGGCCGUCGGGCUUGGAGAGGGCGCGCUUGAUCUGGCCGCGGAUGCCGGAGACGGUCUUGACCGAGGCGCCCUCGAACUUGGCGAUCUCGAGGGAGGAGGAGAACAUGUUCUUGAUGAAGGCGGUGUUCUUGAAGAUCUUGUAGGGGUGGCCGGUGAGCUUGAGCUUCUUGACGAUCUCGGUGGACUCGUCGACGCUGAGGACGGUGCCGGUGGCGGCGAUGCGGAAGCCCGCGUUGGAGGGGGCGAGGGAGUUGAAGCAGACGAAGCCCGUGUUGGGGGCGAUGAGGGGCGCGUAGACGGUGCCGAAGCAGUGCAUGUGCUCCGGGGUGUACUUGAGCAUGCGGCUGCGGGUGCGCGAGUCCGUCAGGCUGUAGAUGGGGAGGGUCUGGAAGCGGCGCCAGCCGAGAGAGAAGAUGAGGGGGUCGUUGGUCUUGAGGAUCCUCUUGUGCCAGCGGUGGCGCUUGAUGCGGACCUGGACGAAGCCGAAGCGGUCCUCGGUGGCGGACAGGCCGCCGACGAUGAUGGGCGUGCGGGAGCUGAAUUUGGUGACGAACUCGGAGGGGACGUUCUCGAGGACGAUCUUGGCGUACUUGCCCGCGCGGUAGCCCUCGACGGCCUCGCGCUGGCGCUCGUCCAGGUUGUCGAACUCCUCCUUGUUGAUGUCGAGCUGCUUCUGGAUGACGGCCUUUUGGGCGUCGUACCACUCAUCCUCCCCAAACUCUUGGAUGUCGCCGCCGUCGCGUCGGGCGUUGGCCUUGUCGUUGAGGAAUCCGUCUCUGUCUUCUUCCUCGAAGCGCUGCUUCAGUUCCUCUUUCCUGGCCGCGUUCUUCUUGCGCUCGGCCUCGAUCUCGUCUGCCGUUUGCUGCAGGGGCUCUGCUGGUUGCUCGGCCUCGAGGUCUUCAAAGACACCGUCACCCUCGUCAUCCUCGUCGUCGUCCCCAAAUCCAUCCAUGUCGCCAUCAUCGCCGUCGUCAUCGCCGUCCUCGUCGUCUCCGCCGAGGCCGCCGGUUGCGAACCUGCGUUGUAG